GACUGUUUCAAAGCUAUUAAAAACUAUAUUUUCUCUUUCUAUAGUUAACUCGAGUAAAAAUACCUUUUUGUUCUGUUAUGUUUUCAAUUUAGAAAGCCACUGUUCCGAUGGAUAACUUUCUAUUGUUAAUAUAUUGUAUUUCAUUUUUGGUCUUCGAUACGCCAUGUUUGCAAACUUCUAUAAUUGUUAACAUAUAUCUAUAAUCUCAGUUAUUCUUUAUUUUAUUUCAUCAAAAAAAUGAGAUUUGUGACAAUGUUUGGAAGUCAAUGCGUAUGAAGCCGUGCAGGAUUGUUUGACAUUAUACAUAACAACGAUUGAGAAAUGAGUUGCUGCACGUCUGUUGAUGUGUAUGUGAGUAACCCCAAGGGUGAGGACUCGGAGAACGUUAGCGGAUGCUUUUGUUCCGGACUGAGAGGUGGGAAACUAACGAGAAAAAUUACACCUAAAACUGCACCACCUAGGGAGAAGAAAAAAGUUGCGGUUCCAUCACCAUAUAUGUUUAUGCAUGUUGACGAACAUGUCAGAAAGAUUAAAGAACCGGUUCGAAGGUCUGGUCCGGAAGCAGAUUCCUCUAUGAACCAAGCCCAACACACAUCGACCCCAGUAGAUGCUGCAAGGAAUGUGAAAACACUUGGUGCCUACCUGACUGGACCAUGUAAGACAGAUAUUGAGAAAGUCAGAGCGUUCUAUUUCUGGAUUUGUAAUAAUAUUGGAUAUGAUAAAGCGUAUCAUUAUCCAAAAAGAGAAAGCCCUACUGAUCCCAAUACUGUACUUAGGCACGGAGUUGCCUCCACCUCAGAGGGAUAUGCCAAUCUGUUUUCAUCUCUGUGCAGGUCCUCAUCAAUUCCUGUGAAGAAGUUAAAGGGUUACGUAAAAGAUUCAAGAUACGAUCCUGAAGAACCUUUUACUCAGAUCGAUGAACCAGAGCAUGCUUGGAAUGCCGUAUAUGUCGGCCAUGAUUGGCGUUUUGUGGAUUGUGCCUGGGGUGCUGGCUUUGAAGACGACGAGGGGAUAUAUCACAGACGGUACGAAGAGUUCUGGUUCAUGACGGACCCAGAAAACUUUAUCAACGAUCACUUUCCGUAUCUGCGCAAUGACCCAAUGUCUAGUGAGAUGUGGCAGCUACUAAAAAGGCCAGUCACUUUGGAAGAGUAUAACAAAACCGUUAAAGUAGAAGCCGUAACCAAAGAUUGGGGAGUUGAAUUCUCACAUCGUGAACCAAUAAUAGUUUUUAGAAAAGAACUGCACAUCAUAGUUAAAACGACGAUUGUUCCAAUCAUGCAAAUCACGGCAACGUUAGAUACCUCUGAUAAGGUGAAUAUGGAUGCAUACGUUGCAACAUUCCGUGAUUCUGAGGAUCAUUACAAAAUACUUGUACGUCCACCAUCCCCAGGAGUCUACAUAUUAAAACUAGCCGGGAAGAGGGAAGGAGACACAACACCCCGAGUUCCAGGCCUGGUUAAAUACAUACUUAAAUGUACAGAUAUGAACAAUAUGGUCAAAAACUUUCCAUUCUCAUACACUGCUGCCCAGACAUUCCAAGUGUGCGUCCUUGAACCUACGUAUCGUGACCUUGAACCAAAUUCUCCAGUGAAAUUUAGGAUUGCAUCCCCAUUCCUCGGGGAGGUGUUUGUGGAAGAUCUUUUACUAGAAAAGGUAGACGACUAUACAUGGGAAGGAGAAAUUCUCACACCAAAGAAAAGUGGUCAGUUUCUCGUAGUAUACGGUAUUAACGCAGAAAUUACCGAACAUAGGAAAAAGCAACCUUUGUACAAAUUUAAUAUAUUGUAAAAAUCAA